CGUCUUUCUCGAGCUCAUCCCGGAGAGCUGAUAGAGAGUAGUCAUACUAGUAAUCAAAAACAGAGCAUUAAAUUCAUGAUUCAUCUUCUUCGCCGCUUUCUCUCUUCCCCUUUCUUGUCCAAAAUGCAGAGCCUGUGACCUCCACUCUUCUAAUCCAAACCCACCGAUUUAAUCCCUCAAUUUUCGAAAUCCAUACGUCAAUUGAAAAAUCGGAUUCGAAUUGAACGCUCUAGGGUUCCGACGAAUCGAGCAGCAGUGAGAUGAGCGAUGACACGGAGAGCUCAAAUUGCGAGCCUCCUGACCUUGAGAAGCAGCAGCACCGUGACGGCGGCGCUGAGGCGGUUACCUCAAUUCCCGAUUCUUCUGCCGUUGAGGAUACGGUGCCGCCGCUGCUGAACGUCGUCGUUUCCGAGCCACCACCGGCUCCGCCCGCCGCCACCGCCAAUUCGUCCAAGGAGGUUAAGGGACAGCAUUCCAGAAACUCCAGCGCUCAUGAACAAUGCAGGGUGUGUCAGCAGGAUAAAGAUGAAGCUUUGAUUGAUCUCGGAUGCCAUUGUCGAGGUGAACUUGCGAAAGCGCACAGAUCAUGUAUAGACACUUGGUUUCAAUCCAAAGGAUCAAACAAAUGCGAGAUUUGCCAAGAGGUAGCUACGAAUGUGUCAACUCCAGAAUCCCAGCCAACUACAAAUUAUUGGGUUUGGAGAAUUGAAACAACCUAUCGAUCGCAAAACCCAGACCAGGGCUGUAUGAGCCCACUUUGGGUGGCAUUCUCAAUCCUCAUUGGUGGUCUGCUGUUGGACGUGCUAAUAUCUGCCACCCUUGGCAUCUCUGCAGUUCCCAUUAACAUUAUCAUCGGUGUUAUUGUGGUCCUUGGGCUUGGAACUGUACUGAGACUUGCCUUGGCCUUUUGCCAUGAGUGGGGUUCGAGGAGAGUUGUGCAGCGGGUGGACACACAGACAGUGCCUCUUGGCUACCAUCCUGGUCUUUAGGUAGAACCUGUAAAUAGCAAUAAGAUGUAGAAGUAGAAGAACUUCAAUUUAUUUUGGGAUCUAUAUAAUGUUCAGCUUGUCAUUUGCUCUGUUUGUGCACUAGUGCUGAUUACCUCACACACCAAAUGUACCUUGAAUACAAAUAAAUCUGGGUUGAAAUAAAUUUCAUA